AUGUCACCACCACCAAACCCCACCAAAACCCAUCUCCUAGAAUGGAAAUCCUCACCAUACACAGCAAUUCCCGCAUCCGAAAGCCACAUCUCCAUCCCAGAAUCUUCUCACUCCCAAAAACAACCUUAUAAAUUCCGCAACGCCAUCCCGUUCCUCCUCCACUUCCUAUUCUUCACCACAUACACCACCAUAUUCUUUGCCUCACAAAGAAACAGUAACAGACUAGACCCCCUAGGAAUCCCCUACGAGCAAAAGAUCUUCGAAGUCAGCACAUCCCUCAACACCUCCAGCGCACGCCUCUACGCCGGCGAGCCAAGCGAAGAACUCGAAGCCGCCUGGGGGGAGUUAUUAAAAAGUAUUCUACCCCCCCCCUUCUUUCUCAAAGAAAGCAAGCAUACUGAUGUCAAAAACCAAGAUGCGAAUAUCCGCAUCCCAGAAGCAGAGAUCAGGAAAUUGGGUAGAUUAGAUCAAGCCGUGCGAUUUACCGAUGGCUCAGGAUACUUUGCUCAGAUGACUGUGUACCAUCAUUUGCAUUGCAUUGUAACUCUCCCUCCCCUUAUCCCAAUCAAUACUUUGAUAUAAUUUUAAUGAGCAAAACACUAACGACGAGAAUAGAAAAGACUCCAUAAAUCCCUCCAUCUAGAGCAUUACUGGCCAAACGCCACAGCAGAAGAACUCUUCCAGCUACGCGCACAUAACUGUACCUCUCCUCCCUUUUCCCUUCCCUUCUCUUCCCCUCCCCCAUACCCCCAUACCCCCCUUAUAUACACCCUCCCCCCUCCCCUUCCCCCCCCAGUACCCCUCUACCCACACCUCAAACAAACACCAAAACUAACACACAAAAAGCCCACUGCCUCAACACCCUCCGCCAAGCCCUAACCUGCCAAGGCGACAGCACACUAAUAACCUUCAAAUGGGGGGUGUCCCAACCCGUUCCCUUAGGGAACUUCUCGUCGCCACAUGCGUGUCGGUCGUGGGGGGCAUUGGAUGCGUGGAAUGCGGAGAGGGGGGUGGAUGUUUUUGUGCCGGGGUUGGUGGUGCAUCCUUUGCUUGGUGAGGAUGUUUUUUUAAUUUUAUUUUUGUGAUUUGGGGGAAUGGGAUCGGGGGAAUGGGGGGAGAGGGGUGGGUGAUGGGAAGAGUGUGCUAAUUUGUUUUUUUGUAGGUCCUGCGUAUGGAGAUCCGGGAGAGAGG